GAAUCCCGAAGAUAACAAUAUAGCAACGUAUUUCGUUAUUUCAAAGUAUAUCGCACGUAUGCAUAGUAGUAUGUAUUUGAAGUAAAUCAUGUCAUCCUCCGACUCGAUCGUUCAGAAAAAUACUUGUGCAGUAAUAGAAACUGAUAACAAACUACAAUUUCCUGAAAUAAUCGAUGACAAGAUAGACACCGAGAAUUUCUUGCAGGCCGCUCGCGAUGUCGUGCGGACAGUUGAUAAAUUUGGCAAAUUAUUUGCACCCGUACGGCAUGACAUGCAAGGCAACAUUGAUAAGCUUACCACUAGGUACUGUAUGGAUAAAACAGCUAACUCGACCCUACAAGACAUGAUUUUGCUUGAAAAAUCUACUGAAAAGGAUCUCAUUGCAGUUGAUGCCUUAAUGUGGUUAAGAAGAGCUUUACAUCUGAUUUUAUUAUUCUUUGAAAGAAUCGUGGAGACGCAUAAAACUGGGGAAGCAACAGAAGAUUUGGUUGCAUUCAUGAGAGAAGCGUACAAAGAAACUUUAGAACCAUAUCAUGGUUGGUUGGCCCAACAGUUGUUCAAUCUCCUGUCACGUAUGACGCCUUCUCGUUCGCAGCUCCUAUUAGCAUUAGCCAAUGGAGAAAUAGGGAGAGAAGAAAUUACUUUAAGCAAUAUGGAAUUAUCCUUAAUAAAUUUAAGGAAAAAUAUAAUAGCCUUAAAAAUGUUUUAUAAUGAUCAUAAUCUAGAAGUGACUACUGUAGUAUAAUAUAAAAUAUGUUA